AUGCUGGCUGGCGAGCGCUGGCUCUGGAUUGAGAAAUCGUCCCUGACUCAAAACGCCCUAAAAAGCCAUAUUAGGGCUACAUACAGUACCGUAGAUAUUUUUUUUCGCCACCUCCAAAGUUUAAUAACCCGUCGCGAGAGCCCCACUCUAUUGUUCGGCGGCCGGCGGCUGAAGCGAGCUUGCCAACCCUGCGCCGGCCCUGGCGGUGGCUGUGGAGGUGCCCUAUUGUGUGAUCUUUUGCACUUCAGCUCUCGCGGAAUGUUCUUUCCCCGUGAUGCAAAUAAUCAGAUAACCAGAGGUUAUGGGCUCCAUAGAGUAGGGCACGAUAUACAAGAAAUGGUUCGCUUCUUCUAUCCAUAUCCUCCAGAAGGCUUGUUUUGUUUGGCGAGAGUGAGGUUGAGUUGGGCGAGUUCCCCCCACAUUGCUAGCCGAAUCUCAAUCUGA